CAUUCACUAGCAAUUGGGAUCAUUGCAGAAGCCUGAGGUGUGUGUGCCCCAUCAGAACACGGUCAGCAGGGCCCCAUCUCUGCCGGCCCCGCCAGCGCCUGAGUACACAGCUCCUCCCAGCCCAGGGCAGAGCCAUCCCUUCCCCAGGACUGCGCAGGACCGAGUCAGUACAGCUGCACCAUGAACAUCAUCCUGGACCUCCUCUUGCUUCUGCUCAUCAUCAGCUACUCCUACCUGGAGUCCUUGGUGAAGCUUUUCAUCCCCCGGAGGAGGAAGUCUGUGGCCGGGGAGAUCGUCCUCAUCACGGGAGCUGGGCACGGAAUCGGCAGGCUGACCGCCUACGAAUUCGCAAAACGGAAAAGCAGGCUGGUCCUGUGGGACAUUAACAAGCCGGGGGUUGAGGAAACGGCAGCUGAAUGCCGGAAGCUUGGGGCCACGGUGCACGCCUACGUAGUGGACUGCAGCAACAGGGAAGAGAUCUACAGCGCGGUGGCCCAGGUGAAGAAAGAAGUGGGUGAUGUAAGCAUCUUGGUAAACAAUGCUGGAGCAAUAUACCCAGCGGAUCUUCUCAGCACCAAGGAUGAGGAGAUUGCUAAGACGUUUGAGGUCAACAUCCUAGGACACUUUUGGAUCACAAAAGCACUUCUUCCAUCGAUGAUGCAGAGAAAUUAUGGUCACAUUGUCACGGUGGCUUCAGUGUGUGGUCACGGAGUGAUCCCUUACCUCAUCCCAUACUGUUCCAGCAAAUUUGCUGCGGUUGGUUUUCACAGAGCUCUGACAGCGGAACUUGAAGCCUUGGGGAAAACUGGCAUCAAAACCUCAUGUCUCUGCCCUGUUUUUGUGAACACCGGGUUCACCAAAAACCCAAGCACCAGAUUGUGGCCUGUAUUAGAGACAGACGAUGUCGCAAGAAGUCUGAUAGACGGGAUACUCACCAAUAAGAAGAUGAUUUUUGUCCCGUCAUACCUCAGCAUUUCUCUAACGCUGGAGAGGUUUCUUCCUGAACGUGCUUUGGCAACUCUCAGUCGUAUACAGAAUAUUCGAUUUGAAGCGGUGGUUGGCCACAAAACCAAAACACAUUGAUACAUCCCAGAGAUGUAAAAGCAUUCAUGACUUGAGUCUACGUUUGGAGUCAAUGCUUCAGUUCUUCCUUUCAUACUUUUCAGGGCUUUAAUAUUAAAACAUUUUGGCAUUACCAGCAAUCCAAUCAACAAGACCAUCUUCCUGUUUUCAAAAAUAGACAACUGUGAGAAAUAAAUCUCUACUGUUCAUAAACAA